UACCACAUCGCUAACGGACAUCUUUUGUAUAUGACAAAUAUGGGGUUCCACACUUUCGUACUUUUGCUGGUACUGUCUGCCCUAGCUUGGAAAGGGGAGGCUUCCUGGCAUGUUGCUACCGGAGCCUGCGGUGGACAAAUCGGAAACAAGGGCUACUUCUGGGCGAUUCGCAGGAACUGUAGCCCUAACGGCGACGGGAUGACCUGCGAACAAGUCUGCAAGGCCAAUGAACAAAGGCUGUUGGAUCAUACCAGCCAUCGGCGACCGCGCGUCGACUGUUACGACGCGUUCUACGUCAGCUAUCGAGUGAUGUACCACUACAACACCGGCUGCACCUGGCGGGCCAACCACUGCGGGCCAAACUACUGCUGCUGCCGCACCCCGUACUAGUUCAGCGCGGCAUGGUGGA